AUGCCCCGGCUGCCGACCAACGCGAGUCCAGAGAUGGAGUCCAUCGCGGUCAUUGGAAUCGGCUGUCGCUUCUCCGGCGGCGCGACGUCGGUGGAGGAUUUCUGGCAGAUGCUCUGUGACGGACGCACUGGCCAUGGAAAAAUCCCUCCGAGUCGAUAUGAGGCGUCGGCCUGGCAUCACCCCAGUCAUGAUCGCAAAGGCGCGGUAUGUACCGAUCCGCGUGGUGGCAGCGUGAGGGUGGACGAUGCUGAUUUUGUUAGAUCAACCAUGACAGCGGCUUCUUUUUGCAAGAAGACCCAGCCCGUUUUGACGCCCCUUUCUUUUCCAUCACGGCGAAGGAGGCCGCGGGAAUGGACCCGGCGCAGCGACUGUUGCUGGAAGUUGCAUAUGAAACCUUUGAAAAUGGCAAGAGGCAUCCCUAUUGACACUCUGCCCGGGAGUAAUACUGCCGUGUACUCGGGGUCAAUGACCAACGAUUAUGAGCUGCUAUCAACACGAGAUAUUUAUGAUAUGCCUCAUAACUCCGCGACAGGCAAUGGCCGGACAAUGCUGGCCAACCGUUUGUCGUGGUUCUUCGACUUGCAAGGUCCCAGUAUCAUGAUGGACACUGCGUGUUCCUCGAGUUUAACAGCUGUGCAUCUCGCAGCCCAGGCCUUGAGGUCUGGUGAAUGCGGAAUGGCCCUGGUGACAGGAGCGAGUCUAAUUCUUCACCCUAAUUUCACCCAGAGACUCUCCUAUAUGCAUAUGAUGAGCCCCGACGGUCUCAGCCACUCUUUCGACGAAUCCGCAAAUGGAUAUGGUCGAGGAGAGGGGAUUGGAGCUGUGCUAUUGAAGCCUCUGUCAGCCGCAAUGGCUGAUGGAGAUAACAUCCGCGCCAUCAUCCGUGGUACUGGUAUCAACCAGGAUGGUCGUACACCUGGAAUCACUUUGCCCAGUCCGACAUCGCAAGCAAACUUGAUUCGGUCGACCUAUGAACGGCAUGGCCUGUCCAUGCGGGAUACGGCAUAUUUCGAAGCCCAUGGAACUGGAACUCCUGUUGGAGAUCCCACAGAAUUAUCCGCUGUUGGUUUGACACUGGGUGAAGCACGCACGCCAACAGACGAGCCCAUUUAUGUAGGCUCUGUCAAGACGAAUCUUGGUCAUACGGAAGGCGCGGCCGGCGUGGCUAGUUUGAUCAAAGUGGUUCUCUGCUUGGAGAAGGCCACUCUGGUGCCGAAUGCUGGAUUCAAGAACCUCAACCCGAAGAUUCGCCUCGACGACUGGCGCAUGCGCCUGAGCGACAAGACAAUGCCUUGGCCAGAACAUCUGCCGCAACGAGCCAGCAUCAACUCUUUCGGAUUCGGUGGAUCGAACGCGCAUAUCAUUUUGGAGAGCACUAAGGAAUUCUUCCGUGGCGACGGCGAGAACGAAGAGGCGGCCCCUCACAUCGUGGUAUUCUCUACCUUCGAUCAAUCAGGUAUUGAGCGUUUGGGUGACAGUUGGAGCAAGUAUUUGCUUCGUCAACAAAAGGCCGACCAAGAUAUUCCCGUCAAGGACUUGGCCCACACAAUGUUGACCCGUCGCUCUCAACUCGGUUUCCGCAGCUAUGCAGUCGCCAGUUCGCUCGAGCAGCUGCAGACGACGUGUGCAAAGGGGCUUCCGAAGUUCGCCCGUGCAAGCCGCAAAGCCCAGACAAGACUUGCAUGGGUCUUCACUGGUCAGGGUGGCCAGUGGGCUGGCAUGGGUAAGGAGUUGUUGCGGAUUUCUACAUUCAAGGAGAGCAUUGCCAAGUCGCAGGAUAUUCUCGCUUCCAUGGGAUGUCCAUUUGAUAUUGUACAGGAGAUUAAGCUGGAUGCAAAGGAGAGUCGGAUCAACCGACCGGAUCGCAGUCAGCCCAUCACCUGUGCCCUGCAGAUCGCAUUGGUCGACCUUCUGUUCAGCUGGUCUGUUCAGCCCCAUGCCGUUGUUGGUCAUUCUAGUGGUGAAAUUGCGGGUGCCUAUGCUGCUGGGUAUCUCUCUCACGCCGACGCCAUGCGAGUGGCUUGGUUCCGCGGUUUCUUCUCGCAGCAGGCUGCCGAGAGCGACAGGCGAGGAGGUAUGAUGGCUACCGGACUUUCUGCAGAAAACGCGCAGAAAUACCUUGCCGAUUUGCCACACCGUUCAGUUGUGGUUGCCUGCGUUAACAGUCCCGCAAGCACCACUUUAUCUGGCGAUGUCGACAAGAUCGAUGAACUUGAGGCCAAGCUGCAAGCUGAUGGCAUCUUUGCUCGCAAGCUGCGCGUGGACACAGCCUACCACUCUCCCCACAUGGAGGACCUGGUCGAGGUUGUUGGCAAUGCCAUCCAGUGUAUCAAGCCUGAAGAUCGUUUUAACGGCACAAUUCCCAUGCUGUCAUCUGUCACCAAGGAACGCGUGUAUCCUGCUGAACUGGGCGGAUCGUACUGGGUCCGCAACAUGAUCAGCACCGUCGAGUUCACUGCUGCUGUUUCCCAGCUCGCCAAACUCAGCGAAUCUAUUAAGGGUCGCCGCCGGCCGGUGCCAAUCAAAUGGACUACUUUGCUCGAGAUUGGUCCUCACUCCGUUCUGAAGGGACCUGUAAUGCAAAUCUUGCAAGCUGUUAGCCCAAGUAUGGCGACGCUUCCUUACUAUUCCCUGGUUUCCCGUAACCAACAUGCCCUCCGGACGUCACUUGAAGUUGCCGCAUCUCUUUGGAGCACCGGACACAAUGUGGAUCUCGCUGCUGCCAACAGCUGUGUUGACACCACUGCGCCUUCUAUGGUCUCUGACCUUCCUUCCUACCCUUGGAAUCACCAGACAGCCUUCUGGCACGAGCCCCUCGAGACAGCUCAGCUGCGACAGCGCAAGCACCCGCGCCAUGAUAUUCUGGGAGUUCCUUUGGAUUACCAGAAUGCGCUAGAACCGCGAUGGAGAAACUUCCUCCGCCUCUCUGAGAACCCAUGGAUGGCAGACCACGUCGUUGCUGGCUCGAUCAUGUUCCCCGCGGCCGGUAUGCUGGUGAUGGUCACCGAGGCGGCGCGUCAACUCGCCGAAGAGCCAACCAGUAUCAAGGGCAUUGAAUUCCAGGAUGUGCACUUCAUGCGCGGCGUGGUAAUUCCAGAGGACGAUCGUGGCCUCGAGACCGUUCUCCAAGUCUCACCGCACGAAGGAAUGCCAGGAUGGUACGAAUUCGGCAUUUUUUCUCUGCCAUCUGGUGGUGGCUGGAUUCAGCACUCGAAGGGAUCCUUCACCACUCGGUACGAGAACCGCGAUAGCGUUCAAUGCGCAGCAAAUUGGGAUGCGGCCGUUAAGCGCAUCAAGGAUACACAGAAUGUUGCUCAGGCGGGCGACAUGGGACAGGCAUACCAGUGGCUCUCCCAGACAGGAGGGCUGACAGUCGGCCCAGCCUUCAAGACAAUGACUGGCGUGUCUUUCUGUGAGUCCGAGCCUCGCAUCUGGAUUUCCGGUCUCGUUACCGAUACCAAGGCUGGAAUGCCCUACGAGAAAGAAUCCACAAGCUUCAUUCACCCCACCACCCUCGACUGCCUCUUCCAGACAGCUCUCCUCUCCUGCUCUGAAGCUCUUUCCAACAACAACGCCAAUAUUCCUGUUGGAGUCGACCACGCCUACAUUUCUCAGGGCUUCAAGCCAAAGCCAGGCGAGAAAUUCGUAGUGCAUACCGAGACUCAGUACCGAGACGGAAAAUCGCGCUCGCAAUGUAUCGCAUCGGAUCCCGAGCUGUCGCAGCCAUGGAUUACCUUUGAGGGUGUCCACCUCGGCAAACUACCCUUCAACCCGAACUCGCAGAAGCAACAGGAUGUUAGCUCUGAGAGCCGAUACUCGUCAAUUGAAUGGCGGGAGCAUCUUGAGUCGCCGCUCACCUUUAACCCGGUUUUCCGUGAGGGUGGGAAGAAGAACCCUCCCGUGGAGGCCAGUUCGCUUAGUGCGCAUGAUUGGAUUGAGCGACUGUGCCAUACUAAUGGCGAUGCUAGGGUGAUGAUCACUACUUCCAACGCCUCGGGUCCGUGGACCGAGACCCUGCAGUCUUUCGCUCCUAGCACAGGAUCUCGACCUUGCCUGAGCAAGACCACUAUUGCACUCUGCAAUGUUAGCGAUGAAGUGAGGGACAAGGUCUCUACAGAGAAUGUCGGAACUCACGUCAUGUCUCUUCCUUCGCUCGACAGUCUUCCGUCCUCCUUUUCAGAGGCAGCUUAUGACUUCGUCAUCAUCGAUGAAUCGAGCCUCUGGGGUGGAAAGACCACCAAUGCCGUUGUGUCUACUCUGCCAACAAUCCUCGACAAGGGAGGAUUUGUCGCCGUCAGUGUGUCCGAGAAGAACUUCGAUCUUGCGCUGCAGACUCUUCAACAGUUCGACGGUCUAGACAUUCACGGCCUGACCAAAGACCGCAGCUUCAUUAUCGCGCGCAAGUCUUCCGAUGCAUGGACUACCGACCCCGAGAUCUAUGUGCUUGGCGGCAACGACAAGAUCAGCUCUCACCCAUUCUUUGAAUACCUCGAAAAGAUCUUUACUGUCCACGGCGCUCGUCUGGUCCCUACCGGAGUGGACCAAGCUGCUUCUCUGGCUGGAAAGACUGUCAUCUCGUUGCUGGACCUGGAUGGUUCCUGGGUCUCUGAAUGGAGCGAAGAAGACCUCAAGCAUCUGAAGGCCCUCAUCAAGGCAAAGAACCUCGUCUGGGUAUCUCCCUUCUGGGCCCAAGGUCCCCUCGACAAUGCCGGACAUGGAGCUAUGAGCGGUCUCCUGCGAACCCUUCGCAACGAGCACUGGAGCACCACUAUCCCUCAGUUGCUUGUUGAUACGCAAGACCUGCAGGAUGCCCCCAGCAUUGCUUCUGCCAUCCUCAAGGUUCUGCAAUUGACUACACAGAAGAAUUCUCGCCGCGCAGAUCUGGAAUACCGUCUUGCGAACGGACGACUACUUGUCCCGCGUGUUAUCCAAACCCCGGAUAUCAAUGAAGCUAUGCAUACUCUCAUGCAUGGACCCAGACCGGUGCCGGCGGAGCUUCCCCUUGAUUCCCGGCCUCUGCAGUUGAAUUACCAGGAUGCGGAGAAUGUCUGCUGGGAGGAACAGAAGAACGUUGACAAGGAGCUCCCUUCCGAUCACACUGAACUCAAGGUUGAGCUUGCCACCAUGUUCGAUAUCAACGGCGAGCUCGGCAAGGCUCCAGAGACAGUUCUGCCGAUGUUCGAGAUUGUCGGAAAGGUCACUCGCAUCGGCUCCAGUGUUCGUGAUUUGGAUGUCGGUGACAAGGUCCUGACGCUGGUUUCGCAAUCCUCACCACUUGCAACCACAGUUCGCGUUCCAGAAAGUGACACUGUCAGAAUCCAUGCCAACAUGGACCCGGCUAAAGUUGUCUCGACUCCGCUGGCGUACCUCAACGCCCAUCAGAUUAUCCACAAGGUUGGUCGUUUGACUUCGAACGAUUCCGUUCUCUUGGCUGGUCCGACUAGCCAGACCUUGCGUGCGAUGAUUGACUACGCCCUUGGUAGCGAUAUCCAGGUCAUCGUGGCUACAGACUCUCAAGAGUCCAUCGAUAAUCUUUCCUCCCGUUAUCCGUCCUUGAAGGAUCGCAUUCUGAGCGUCCACAGCAGUCUGGAAACAAGCGUGUCCCGACUGUCCAACGGAUGCGGCGUCGACGCCAGCAUUUCUCUCAUGGCCGGAUAUCCCGGUCGCGUUGCAGCCAGAUGCCUGGUUCCCGGUGGGCAAUACAUCAACUUGUCCAGCGAGAUGAAGCUGAGUGCACUCCCUGAAAGUUUUGUAGAGAGCGGUUGCACUUUCUCUUCGCCUCAACUGCAGAGAAUCUUCUCUGAGAAGCCUGGCAAUCUCCACGGAUCUCUCCGUCAAGUCAUCGACUUCAUGAAAAAGCAGCAGAUUCUGAAUCGCGUGGAAGCUUACUCCACCUUCCCUGUCGCUGACCUCCAGAGCGCAGUCAAGUAUUGCAAGGAGACAAAUACCCGUGCAAUCCUGGAUCUGCGGGCACCAGGCAAGGUGCCGAUUGUUUUGCCUAUGCCGGAGCUUGAUGGACUGCCUGCGCAGAACACCUACAUCCUGGCCGGUGGUCUGGGUAAUCUGGGUCUUGCCUUUGCCGAUACUCUGGUGCAGUCCGGCGCUCGCCAUCUCGUCUUCCUCGGUCGAUCUGGAGUGGCACAACGAGAGCAGCAAUUGACUCUUGACACGCUCCGCGAGUGUGGAUGUCGCGUUGAUAUCGUUCGCUGCGAUAUCUCUCGACCUGAGGAUAUUGAACAUCUCGCAUUCAAGAUUCGGAGCAUGAAGUGGAAUGUUGCAGGGGUGAUUCAAUGCACAACAGUUCUCAGGGACGCCAUGUUCGAAAACAUGACUUUCGAGGAUUGGACUCGCUCCACGGACCCCAAGAUCCGCGGCACACUGAACCUGCACAACCUCUUCUCCGAGGAUGGCUUGGACUUCUUCGUCUCCCUUUCCUCCGUCGCCAGUGUGAUCGGCAACAUGGGUCAAGCCAACUACUCCGCCGGUAACGGUUUCAUCGACGGUCUGAUGGAAUGGCGUCGGGCCAACGGUCUUCCGGGUGUAUCUAUCAAUAUUGGUCUCGUUCCCGAUGCCAGCGGAUUGAGUGAUGUGGCAGAAGACUCGGAGCAGCGUCGCCGUCGCUAUAAGCACCUUGAAGGCACGGAAAUCAUGACCCAAGAGCUCCAAACUCUCCUCCAGGUGAUCAUCAAUAGCAAACUUUCUCUUCCACCGCAGAUCGUUGCCGGCAUGACAGAUUCGCUGUCUCGCAACGACCCUCCGGCAGACUGGCUAUUUGACCGCAAAUUCGAUCAUCGCCUUUCUCUUGCUGUGGAGGAAGAUGGAGAGGCAGACGUUACUACAGCUAGUCUUCUCAAGGCGACUGAUUCUACGGAAACAGCUACACAGAUCGUUAUCGAGGCACUGAGCGGGUACUUGGCUAAGGAAAUGGCUACUACCGCCGAUGCCAUCGACACAGACCUGCCUCUAUCUGCCCUGGGUGUUGACUCACUCAAAGCCACGGCAGUUCAACAUUGGGUCUCCCGCGAGUUGGGGGCAGAGCUGACCUCCUUCGAAUUCUUGGGCUCGCAACCAACCAAGGCGCUAGCUAAGAAGAUCGCUUCUGCUAGCUCGUUCGUCUCUGCAUCAAACUAG